AUGGCAGCAGCGAUUGGCUCCGUCAGCGGCGACGUUGGUGGCGGUGAGAGCGCAGGCGGCGAUGGCUGCAGCGAUGAAAACCUGAUGCAAUUCAGGCCACUGCAGCGCAAGAAACAAAGCGUCAACGAAAAGCUCAGUACCGCAACGGGACCUCCGAUGAAGCUUGAACCUGACGUGAAGAGACGCAAAACCAGCUAA